AUGUCGACGCAAGUGGCGGCAAGUUCUCGUGCUCAUGGCUCAAAAUCCACAGAUCAAUGUCGUCGUGAAAUGGUGUGCAAUCUGUUGACGCAGAUUUUCCUGCUGGCUGAACGUACUCGAGCGUCCAAGCGGUCGGUAUCUGAUGCAGAAGCGGAGCCAAUUUCUCUCAUCGAGUUGAUCCAAGCUUCCUACUUGAUCUUUGAGCGCUACGGCAUCGGUCCUCCUGACGACGCAGUGUACCAUAGAUAUUUGCUAUCACUCUCAAUUAAUCCAGAACGAGAUUGGCGCAAGAAGAUUCUCAACUUGGAUUUAGGUGCUCAACCGAGGGUAAAAAGACUGUGUACGGGUCACCGACGUGCUGUUGAAUCACUGGAUUCUGGCGCUCAAAGGAGACAGAAGACUGAAAAGGACAACACUGUUCGUGGAGCAACGCUAGUGUCGGAUUAUUCGACUCCCGUCAGAAAAUCCACGCUAAAAUCUGGAUUUGUUUUUAAAGAACAGCGGCAACACGAUAGAUUCGGUGAUAUGUUGUCACUUGACUCCCCGAUCCAGAAAAUCCCCGUUAACGACAAUGAGAUAGUUUUCCCUAGGCCACCAACUGCGGAAAAUACGGAAGAGCGUCAACUUCAGAUGAUCACGACGUCGAUGGAGCAAUGGCAGGCAACUCAAGCUGUCAAACAGCUGAAUCUCGGUCGAUGUGAAAACUCUGAAAAAAUCCGCAAAGAGAGUGUGGAUUUGGCAGAUGAGGACGCUGCUAAACGCGUGGCAUCAAGAUGCGCAGAAAAUUAA